AUGGACGAGAAACUCAAGACCGUCUCAGAGACGUCCAGCAUCAUCGAGGCCGCGGAGAUUCUGGAGAAAGACAUUACGCCGGAAGCAGACCUAGAAAAGGGGGACCUACAAGAAGAGAAGGACAAUUCGCACGAGCAAACGCACCGUUCACGAAAGCUCGACUUUGAUCGAGGGGAAGAGCAUGUCAAGUUUAGGAGACAUUGGUGGCAGCUCUGGAUUCCGAAGGACCCGCCUCCGCCUGCACCAGAGUCUCUCUCCGAUGCAUCAAUUAUUCCAAUUGUAUAUGCGUCGAUCUUCUCUAUCCUGACCUACAACUGGAUUAAUCCCAUAAUGAUGCUGGGCUAUCAGCGUACCCUGCAGGCAACCGACCUUUGGAAGAUGGAUGAAACGCGCGAGGCGGGGGUGCUCAGCGCGAAACUCGACGCCGCUUGGGAUAUCAGGGUCAAGAAAGCUGACGAAUGGAAUGCACGCCUCGUGAGCGGGGAGAUCAAGCCUGGUCUCUGGCUUCGCGUAAAGUGGUUUUUCAAAGCGCUCUGUACAGGUUCGAGAUACCGUAAACGCCGCACGGAACUGGAGAAACAGUGGCGUGAACAUGAUGGAAAGCAAGAAGCGAGCAUUGCAUGGGCUUUGAACGAUGUUUUUGGAUGGACAUUUUGGACCGGUGGGGCGUUCAAGGUCAUCGGCGAUACGGCUCAGCUUAUGGGUCCUGUUAUUGUCAGGACCAUUAUUGAGUAUAGUGACAGUCGCAUGGCUGCUCGAGCCGCAGGUACACCGGUAGAGGGCCUCGGACGAGGUGUGGGCAUGGCCAUCGGGUUGUUUUGUACUACUGUCACUACAAGCGUGUGUCAGCAUCAAUUCUUCUGGCGCUCAAUGACAACAGGAAUGUUAGCUCGCGCGGCUCUCAUCGGCUCUAUCUACAAGCGGGGCGUUGCCCUUACGGGCAAGGCUCGCACCGAGUUUCCGAAUGCGAAGUUAGUCACGCAUAUAUCGACUGACGUCAGUCGAGUCGAUGCGUGUGCCCAGUGGUUUCAUGCAACUUGGACAGCUCCCAUUCAAGUGACGGUCUGCCUUGUCAUCCUACUUGUUGAGCUGGGUCCCUCUGCGCUAGCGGGGUUCUCGCUCUUCCUCCUACUUAUCCCGAUCCAAGAGCGUGUCAUGUCCUUCCAGUUCGGUAUCGGCAAGAAAACACUUGUAUGGACCGACAAGCGUUCGAAGCUUAUCCUCGAGGUGCUCGGUGCAAUGCGAGUUGUGAAGUACUUUUCCUACGAAUUGCCCUUCUUGAAACGUAUCGGCGAUAUGCGGAAGAUGGAGCUGAAGGGUAUCAGGAAAAUUCAAUUCGCGCGAUCAGCAAAUAUUGCGUCAGCAUUUUCGGUGCCGGUACUUGCAGCAACUUUGUCUUUUGUUACAUACACCUCUACAAAGAACUCCUUUAAUGUCGCUAUCAUAUUUUCGUCACUUUCAUUGUUCAACUUGCUUCGACAACCACUCAUGUUUCUUCCUCGCGCACUAUCUGCCACCACUGACGCACAGAACGCCCUAGAGCGGCUCAAAGUCCUCUUCCACGCGGAGCUCUCGACAGGCGACGCAUUUAUCACAGACCCUCAGCAGGAGCCUGCCCUACUAGUUCAAGACGCCACAUUUGAGUGGGAAGAGAGUACGACUGGCAAGGAAGCCGCUCAAAAUGCCAAGGCUACAGGAAAGAUGACCGCGAGUGCUAGAGAGCAUGAGCAUGCCGCGCCGUUCCAGGUAAAAGAUGUCAAUGUGAAUGUGCCUCGCGGAACGCUCGUUGCCGUUGUUGGCUCUGUGGGCAGUGGAAAGUCGAGUUUGUUGCAAGGUCUUAUUGGGGAGAUGCGCAAAGUCAAAGGACAUGUGUCCUUUGGCGGGAAGGUAGCCUACUGUUCGCAGACGGCUUGGAUCCAGAAUGCUUCAUUGAAAGAGAACAUCCUAUUUGGACGACCGUUCAACCAGGAUAGAUAUUGGAAGGCCAUUGCAGAUGCCUCUCUUCUACCUGAUCUAGAGGUGUUGCCGGAUGGUGAUCUGACCGAAAUCGGCGAGAAAGGUAUCAAUCUCAGCGGAGGCCAGAAGCAAAGGGUCAAUAUUGCCAGAGCGCUGUAUUACAACGCUGAUGUUGUCAUAUUUGAUGAUCCUCUUUCCGCUGUUGACGCUCACGUUGGGAAGGCUCUUUUCGCUGACGCGAUUCUCGGAGCACUCCGCGGACGCGGCAAGACCAUCAUACUAGUCACCCAUGCUUUACAUUUCUUGUCCCAAUGCGACUACAUCUAUACAAUGAAGAACGGGCGCAUUGAAGAGCAAGGCACUUUUAACGAGCUUGUCGACAAUGGAUGCGAGUUCUCCCGCUUAAUCAAGGAAUUUGGUGGCACGACAUCUCAGGAGGAAGAAGCUAUUGAAGAGCAAGCUGCUGACACACCCAAGGGACAAUCUGUUACAGCUAUCAAUGAAACUAGAAUCAAGCUUGAGUCCGCUAAACGCGCCGUGGCGGGUACAGGAAAGCUCGAGGGCAGGCUUAUUGUUCCUGAGAAACGAAUGACAGGCUCGGUCAGCUGGAGGAUGUACGGAGAAUACUUAAAAGCAGGGAAAGGAUUUAUAACUUUCCCCCUCCUACUACUUUUGAUUGCAUUCAUGCAAGGAUGUACUAUUAUGAACAGCUACACCCUCAUAUGGUGGGAAGCGAACCGCUGGGACAAGCCUAACUCGGUGUACCAAAUCAUGUAUGCAUGUCUAGGCAUCGGGCAGGCCCUUUUCACCUUCGCAGUAGGCGCGACGAUGGACGUCAUGGGAUUCCUCGUCUCUCAUAAUCUUCAUCAUCAUGCUAUACGGAAUAUAUUCUAUGCGCCGAUGACGUACUUUGAUACAACACCGACCGGGCGCAUUCUCAGUAUAUUUGGAAAGGAUAUAGAAAACAUUGAUAAUCAGCUUCCGGUUUCUAUGAGACUCUUUGUUCUGACAAUUGCUAAUGUCGUUGGAAGCGUGACCAUCAUCACGGUCUUGGAACAUUACUUCAUAAUCGCUGUCGUUGCAAUUGCUUUUGGAUACAACUAUUUUGCUGCUUUCUAUAGAUCUAGCGCUAGAGAGCUGAAGCGCAUAGACGCUAUGCUCAGAUCCAUUUUAUAUGCUCAUUUUGCUGAAUCCCUUUCAGGACUACCUACCAUCCGCAGCUAUGGAGAGAUAAACCGAUUCCUAAAAGACAACGAGUAUUAUGUAGAUUUAGAGGAUCGAGCCGGCAUUAUUACGGUUACAAAUCAGAGGUGGCUGGCCAUACGUCUGGACUUCCUGGGAGGGCUGCUAAUAUUUAUCGUCGCAAUGUUGGCCAUCUCUGACGUUUCUGGAAUUAAUCCGGCACAGAUCGGUCUCGUUCUCACGUAUUCAACUGCUCUGGUACAGCUAUGCGGCAUGGUCACUCGCCAAUCUGCUGAAGUCGAGACCUAUAUGAGUUCAGUUGAACGAGUCAUCGAGUACAGUCGAGAUGGCCGAAUUGAGCAAGAAGCGCCUCACGAGAUAAAGAGCCAUAAGCCCGCUACGGAAUGGCCCGCCCAAGGCGCUAUCGAAUUUAAGGAUGUGGUCAUGAGAUACAGGUCCGGGCUCCCAUUCGUGCUGAAAGGGCUAUCUAUGAACGUUAAAGGGGGUGAAAAGAUUGGUGUCGUGGGAAGGACCGGGGCUGGGAAAUCGACGUUGAUGCUGGCCCUGUUCCGCAUCGUCGAACUGCAUUUAGGUUCGAUCACAAUCGACGGGAUCGACAUCGCCAAGAUCGGCCUGAAAGACCUCCGAUCGAAAAUCUCGAUAAUUCCGCAGGACCCGUUGCUAUUUAGCGGUACCAUCCGAUCAAAUCUGGAUCCAUUCAGCCAAUAUACCGACGCCCACUUGUGGGACGCCCUGCGGCGAUCAUUCCUUGUGGAUUCUUCCUCGACGAAGCCCGAGAGCGACUCCGACGAGCCGCACAGCCCCACCGGCCGCUUCAAUCUCGAGACGCCUGUCGAAUCGGAGGGAGCCAAUCUCAGCGUAGGAGAGCGCAGCCUUCUCAGUCUGGCCCGCGCACUGGUCAAGGACAGCCAGGUAGUAGUCCUCGACGAAGCAACCGCGUCUGUGGAUCUCGAGACGGACUCGAAGAUCCAGCAGACGAUCCAGACGCAGUUCAGCCACAAGACGCUGCUGUGCAUCGCCCACCGCCUGCGCACGAUCAUCUCGUACGAUAGGAUCCUCGUGCUCGACGCCGGGCAGAUAGCGGAGUUCGACACCCCCCUGAACCUGUUCGACGUCCCAGAUGGCAUCUUCCGCGGCAUGUGCGAACGGAGCGGGAUCACCGCUGCCGAAAUAGAGAAAGCCGCGCUGAGGGCGCGCGGUGGCACUGGCGUGGCCGGUCUUGUAGAGAACUCGAUCAUGCAGGCCGCCUCUCUCUAG